UGCUCUAAAUCGGGUGCAGAUGCUCUAACACCACAGUCAACUGUUGACACCCGUCCCCACCGCCAGCCGAAGCCCAUCCGGUCGGCGUCACGACUCACGCGGCCUCCGCGCUACACUACGCCACGCCACCUUCCCCCGAUGAGAGCCGCAGCCACAUCCACAGCCAUCUCCCUCCUCUCGCCCUACCGCUUCCGGACCUCCGCUCCCGCCAGCCUCCCCUACCGCCCGGAGGCCGCACGCUCGCCCGCCGCCGUCGAGCCCCCGGCCCCGCCGCUCUCCAAGUUCAAGGUGGCGCUGUGCCAGCUCUUGGUGACGGCGGACAAGGCUCGCAACAUCGGGGGGAUGGCGGCGAUGGCGCGGCGGGGUGCGGCGCUAGCGCUGGCGAUGGCGCGGAGGGGUGCGGCGCUAGCGCUGGCGAUGGCGCGGAGGGGGAUGUGCUCCGCCUCGGCGCCCGCGGGGGAGCACGCCGCGGCGACGCUGUCCUCGGAGGAGCUCAUACGGAUGGAGCAGGACUGCAGCGUGCACAAGUACGGUGAUUGCUUUGCUUCUAGAUCAGCACCCUCUCCCCCUCCUCCUCGCACGCCUUCUGCUUGCGUAAAUGUCUCAGUGCCAAAUUCUGUUGUGUCGAUCAUUUCUCCGACCGUAUGUUCUUCUUCGGCACUUCGUCUUCAUAUAGCGCCCGCGGUUCCGCAGGUAGAGUAAUCGAUCACCAAAUUGGGCUUGCAGAGACAUUCUUCAGCACAUUCUCGCAUGCCAAUUUUGUGAUGUUUGUUUAUUGCUACUGGUACCGACUGUAUACACAUGCUGCAGUUUAUGUAUACAUCGUAGCAGUGACAGCGACUCAAAGCUGUCAUCGUAGCAGUGACAGCGACUCAACGGAGUUGGGGGCUAGCCAUCGAUCCCAUCUAGGGUCCUUAGGCGCCGCCAUCAUCGGAUCUUCUAGGCCACGGCAAGGCAUCAGAUCUUUUAGUUAAUUUUUGAAGGAUACUGCAGGUUGUUUUGCAAGGAACAUGUAUAAGAUCAGAAGAGAAACAGCGGAUGCCAUAAUUCUUCAGAAGUAUGCAAGAAGGUUACUGUUAGA